AUGGAUCAGCUCACCUGGACGCUGGCUCAAGAGGUCGGCCGUGAUGGCAAGAAUAUCACGGUGAACACAGUCGCGCCCGGCCCAACCUUGACAGAUACGCUGCCACCCGUUCCCGAGGUUGAACCGAUGAAAGAUUUCCUCCUUUCGAGGACCAGAGCCGAAGAGCGAGUGACAAUGGUAGAGGAUGUUGCCGACGCUGUGCUUCUUCUGGCAAGCGAGAAGAGCCGUUGGAUCACCGGGCAAUUCAUAUCCGCCAGUGGCGGCAUCAAUGGUGGAUGA